CUAACCUACACACCUAUGGAGCAACAGCCUCCGCUGUAUGUGCGUAUUGCGCAGAAAUUACGCAAGGCUAACGAUGACACACCCAUGUCGUAUCUAGAGUUCCGUGAGGCCGAUUACAAACUCGCAAAGGAACGACAAGAAGUUACACGAAUCAUUGGACAACGUGUAAGGGACCUUUGCAGGUCAGAACUUGAUGAUUACAUCAACUGCUACACGGGAAAUAGAUUCCCAAUGUUCAGGUGCAGGGAAGAUGCCGAACGUAUGAAAAAAUGUAUCAAGCAUUAUGAACAGCAGUUGAACACCCCGGAAUACCAGCAAAAGAUCAUGGAAGAACGCCUAAAAUCAGGAGAUAGUUUUGUUGUACCAUCCUUCCUUAAACGACAAGUAGAGCACCAGGAUAACUAGCAUAUCGCCACCUAA